GGGUGGUCAACGUGUCUGCAUGGACAGAUGGGAUCUACACAGACAGGCACAGAAUCGCCGGGUGACUGAGUGAGCCACACACACAAUACCGCACAGGCAGGCAUCUUGCCAGAUCUCUGCAUUCGUAUUGGCUGUCCUUUGUUCUCUGUGCAGGCGGGGCUCUGUGUGUGUGAACGAUACGCAGAGCUGGGGUGUUCCGCAAAGUUGACGAAUGCAUAAUCUGUCUGCGCGUGGGGAAGCACACAUGCACAAGUACACGAGGAGGCGUGCGUCAGUCGCGUGUGGUCUUAUCUUGUUCGUGUAUGUCAGUCAGGACGUUUCUGUCGAUGCUGGCGGUCGGGGCGAGUGCAGGAGGGUUGCUCGCUUCACGCGCAUGCGCGCCCCAGAUCUUGCUUGGACACAGGUCAGUAGGCAACGAGAGAGAAUAGUGGAAUUCGUUCUCGCCUCGGCCUAUAUUAUUCUCUCUCGGUCUAUGUAUUGUUAUGUACAGCGAGCGGGCAGGACGAAGGACCACCUGGCCGGCUGCCCCACACCCGGUGUGGACGUGCGUGCCCACACGAGGAGCUCUCAUAGAUUCUUGGACGUGUGUAGGAAUGUCAGACAGCGAAGAUUGGUACGUCCAUACAGUGCGUAGCUCUGUCCACACACGAAGACACAAACCCCAUGAGUGCAGUGCUGCGAUUCGUUCCUCGUCUGUGCCCGUGAGAGGCUCCCAUGUUGGAGAAGGUACACAUACAUAGGUACACACGCACCGUCUCCCACUGGGCCACAGACACACAGAAAUUCACUUGUGCGUAUCAUCGCCUCCUGCAGGUGAUUUGGAUGGAUGUGGCCCUUGCGUUGCCCCUAUCCAUGGCCACCAUGACGCAUCUCAUCGACCACUAUGUAUGUACACACACGCCCAUCCAUAAUGAGCACGCAGACAUACCCGUACCCGCCCAUCUGUGUGCAUACCCUUGCUUCUCCGUGUGCAGGUGUUGUCAACGCUUUGCCCGUUUUGGAUCGGUUCCGAUAGAAGCGCGCCAGAGACGCUGACAGCGAGGAAGUACUGACGCCGCACGCACGCACAUGCCACCUUGCCCACAAACAGAUCCAUUUGUGUCUCUGUCAGUUGCCGCCGUCUGUGUCUCUGUCUGCAUGGCGAUGGACAGAUAGGGGAGAUUGGUCGUCUGGCGCGGACUCAUGUUUCUGCGUGUUGAACGUGGUGGGUGGCGGUGGGUCUAGCGUGCGCGGCCGAAGUAGGUGCGUUUUUGGGCUGGGCUGAAAUGCGUGUGCGCGGGGAGGAAGAUUGAGUUAUAUGUAUGCUGGACUCCUCAUCCAGACGCGCACUCUCUCUCUCUCUCUCUUUCGCCCUUCCCUCAUCCGUCCAUAUGCAGUCGAUAAGCAACUCACUGACACACUGAUGCAUUCCACUGAGUAGUGUGAGUGACACACAGCUUAUCAACCAGCAAACAAAC